CUGAAAGCUUUCGAAAAAGCUUUGGAUUAACAGCGCGCAAAUGUGGUUUCGGAUUUCGCUGCCGAUCGAUUUCUCAAUGAACGAGUAAUGCAACAGCCGCAACAGCAGGCUGCUUCGUCCUCGUCGGGGCGCAAGCCCCAGGACUCUGGCACCCUGACACGCGAGGACUUCGACGGCGGUCCCGUGAGCAUCGAUGAGAUCGAGCCUGGUCUGUUUCUGGGCAACCUUACGGCGGCCACGCACAUGGAGACGCUGCGUUCCUUCAAGAUUUCCCACAUCCUCACCCUGGACUCGGUGCCCCUGCCGCAGCACAUCCUGGAGGCCAGCUUCCUCACCACAAAGUACAUCCAGAUUGCUGACAUGCCGCGCGAAGACAUCCUGCAGCACCUCGAGGGCUGUGUGGAGUUCAUCAGCUCGGCCCUGGAGCAGCAGGGCAAUGUCCUGGUGCACUGCUAUUUCGGGGUGAGCCGCAGCUCCUCAACCGUCAUCGCGUAUAUGAUGAAGCGUCACAACCUGGACUUCGUGCCCGCCUACGAGAUGGUGAAGGCCAAGCGACGCUUCGUCCAGCCCAACGCAGGCUUUGUCACCCAGCUGAAGCUGUUCCGCCGCAUGGGCUGCCGGAUCGACCCGGGAUGCCAGCGCUACAAGACCCACCGGCUGCGCCUGGCCGGCGAGCAGAUGCGAAAGGCCAAGAUCUUGCCGCAGAGCUUCCACAACGUGGUGCGUCCCGAUCCGGAUAUCACGCGCGAGAACCCCGAGCCGAUUGUGUUUCGGUGUCGUCGCUGCCGCCGCAUCCUGGCCUCCAAGUCGAACGUGCUCGAGCACAAGCCACGCGACAGGCCGGCCCAGGAGGCGCCGUCGGCAUCGGCUGUCGCCAAGGAGGCUCAAGGGGAGGCCAAGAGCGAGCCGCGGAUGCUGGAGCAGUUGGCCGAACGGAUUCGCCAGUCGUCGCUGGGAUCCCCGGGCCACGAGACUGGGCCCAGCUACUGUCGCAGCAUCCUGUUUAUCGAGCCCAUCGCCUGGAUGCACCGCAUCAUGCUGAACACGCAAGGUCGCCUGCACUGUCCCAAGUGCGAGCAGAAACUUGGCAACUACAGUUGGAUCAAUGCUUGCAAAUGUCCUUGUGGGGAGACCAUGACGCCAGCAUUCUAUCUGAUACCUUCCAAAGUGGAGCUCUCCAAGGCCGUGCAGAAUGUGCAGACCACGGUUUAGAGGUCGUGCUCGAAAAAGAGGGAGACGGCAGUAUCCAGAACACCUCUAGUUCCGGGAGCUGUCCUAGUUUAGUCCUCCGGGGCUGUGGAUCAUAAGAUAUCCGAGUCACUUCCACCGAUUUCAAUCGUAUUUGCACUUUCCAUUCAAGAGUAUUUGCAUUUAUGAACUCUGCCAGUCAGAACUCAAUUCCAGCAUACGAUUAAUGAGUUUCUCAAAAAGAGUAUUACUUAAAAAGAAGGUACAUUGUCUGGUCCUAUGAGAGUUAUGGGUCUAUGAGUUGUGAGAAAAAUGUAUCAGUUCUUGGGUUUCACGUUUCUAUGAUCUAUUUUGGGGGUCUUAUAGGUCGAAUUCCUUUGAAAAUAGUAUUUUAAGAGUUAAUUUUAUUGUAAAAAUGGUGUUUUUCUGAAUCAAAUCCCCUUUAGAAGUAACCCCUGAGGGGUAUAUCCCUUCCUAUCUAUGAACUUGAACCCAAGAAUGGAUUAUUUUUAAAUUAAAUCUCUUAUAAAGAAGGUAGUCUGGACCCUAAGAGAGUUAUGAUCUAUGAGUUGUGGGAAAAAAUGUGUCAAUUCUUGGGAUUCAAGUUACUAUGAUACUUUUUUCUUCCAAAAUGGUACUUUUUAAAGUAAAUUUUAUUUAAAAAAUGGUAUAUUCGUAAUGAAUCAUAUAUUUAAGAAAUGAAACCACACCCUAGAAGCUUGGAGCCCAAGAAUUGAUUUAAAAAACUACAAUUCCCGGAAGUGAUUAUUAAAAAAAAAAGAAGAGUUUUUUUGUCUUAAAAGAAUGAAAGCUCCUAGUGAAGAGCCUCGAAUUUUGUUGUGGGUUGUGACCUCCGACCUCCGACCAUCGACCAUCGACCGGAAGCAUAAACCAAAAACUCCAAUUGUUAUAGUUAGCCAAUAAAUUCGCUGAUACAUGUAGUUAAUUAUACACUGGCAUACUUGGGAUUACUCGAGAUGGCAUAGCUUUUUGCAUAAAUUAGCAAUCGACACACCCAGAACUAUGAAUGUAUUUACAUAUUUUAACUUUUUGGAAAGUAUUUACGCUGAAAACGGAUCAAAAAAUCAAGAAAACCGACAAAAAAAACAUCAUUUUUAUUGACAAUAUUUAAAAUUACGCUAUUUAACGUUGCAUGUUCAAGAGUUGUUCUGUGAGCGAAAGGCCAUGGCUUUUGGGACGAAGUGCCCGGGAGGAUUCACUUCCUCCUCAAUGGACACUCUCGCCUCGACAUGGCCCUAUCGACAUCGAUGUGCUUUGACCUUUAUGUAUUGUAUAUGUAAAUGAGUGUAUUGAUAUUAAAGUCUAAAUCGUUUGUUUUCCAUA